AUGUACGCCCCGUUACUCGUCAAGCGUCUGAGCGAGAAGGCCAGGUUGCCUACUAGGGGAAGCGCGUUCGCUGCUGGUUAUGAUCUUUACAGCGCAAAGGACGUAGUAAUUCCCGCCCACAACCGCGCCGUCGUCCCCACCGACAUCUCCAUCGCCGUGCCCGCAGGAACCUACGGCCGCGUGGCACCUCGCAGCGGGUUGGCCGUCAAGCACUUUAUCGAUACCGGUGCCGGGGUCGUUGAUGCAGACUACAGGGGACCUCUGGGUGUUGUGUUGUUCAACUUUGGCGAGAACCCUUUUGAAAUCAAGGAGGGUGACAGGAUCGCGCAACUGGUGCUGGAGAAGAUUGUGACGCCCGAUGUGAUGGAGGUCGAGAAUCUUGAGGAGACGGUCCGUGGCGCCGGGGGAUUCGGAUCAACAGGCGUGUCGUUGUGA